GGAAUUGCCGUGAUUCGUGGCCUUCGAUGCAAUUGCCUAGCGGUAUGACUUCUUUGGUAUUGACCGUGCCCAGAAGACUUGAUGGCCAGUGUCGUAGAUGAACACAUCGUCGCCCCUGAAACUAUCCAAUUGACCUUUUUUUCUGUCCUUGACAAGUUCGAAGUUCAGCGGGCCACUUUCGUCGGAAAAGACACACGGGUCGGCCAGUCGCGUCUUCAGCCAUCGAGCUACUCCCCAUUCUGCGCCUCCGCACGGCGGAGUCGGCGGUGCGAUCUUGGCGUCGACAUCACCGCCUAGCGAAUUGAGGGAAAGCACCAAGCGGGGGUCGUCUUGAGCUGCAUACUCAAGGGA